UAAACCAUACAGACAUUUGUCAUUUCUGAGUUUUUGAUUAGAGGUAGUAGUCGUGAGAUCGAUAAUCGCUCUUGUUUCGGUUACGUUGUUGAAUUAAAGGAGCAAUUUCAAUGCGUCACUCGUGAUAUUAUAUACAUUCAUCAUGUCUGCUACGGCUAUACAUAAAUUUAUAACUUUUGUAGGAUUUAUGUCUAUAUUACAUGCAGCUUAUUCUGCGGCACAGCAUCGUUCCUAUUUGCGAAUCACUGAACAAGAGUUUACUACUUUGCCAAUUGAUAUUUUAAUCCAAGGUAUAGCCAGUUUAUUUAUCGUUAUGUAUGGUGUUAUGUACAUUGCUGGCGAUUUCAAAGAAAUCCGAGCAGUUGUUGAUUUGGAGAAUAAAUCUUGGGAGACACUACGGAAUCUACCAUCCUUUCAAGUAUUUAAUCAUCGUGGAAGAUCUCUGUCUCCAGAAUACAUCUCAGAGUAAAAAUAGUAUACUUUGAUAUAAAAUCAUUAAAAAAAGAUAAUAAACA